ACCUCACACACCACUACCACUCAACUCAAUUACUCAACAACAAAUGGAUCUAAAAUCGCCCACCACCACCGCCGAGAUUAUGCACAGCAUCAGGAAAUACGAUCUGCUGACGUCUGUCAAGGUGAAGGAGGAGCCUCUCAUCGAAGAAAGCGAGAAGGGCGCUGUGAAUAAUGGCCCCGCGCCGUUUCUGAGGAAGACAUUUGAGAUGGUGGAUGAUCCCGCCACGGAUUCUAUAAUUUCGUGGAGUCCAGCCAAGAACAGCUUCAUUGUUUGGGAUCCUCACCGCUUUUCCACUCAUUUGCUGCCUAGGCACUUCAAGCACAGCAAUUUUUCGAGCUUUAUUCGCCAGCUUAAUACCUAUAGGUUUAGGAAGAUCGAUUCAGACAGAUGGGAGUUUGCGAACGAAGGGUUCGAGAAGGGCAAGAAGCAUCUGCUGAAGCACAUUACGAGGCGAAAGCAGAAACAGUCUUGGAUGGAUGCAUCAGCCAAGUACGGGGCGGAGGCAGAGCUCGAGAGUCUGCAAAAGGAGGUGUUGAAGCUAAGGCAGCAGCAAGAGAUGACACAGAGUUACGUGGCAGCUGUUGAGAAGCGGCUUCGUAUCACUGAAACAAAGCAGAAACAAACGGCCCUCUUCUUGAUCAAGCUAAUGGAGAAUCCUCAGCUUCUUCAGCGCAUCACUGAGAAGGUGAAGAAGAAUAUGAGGCCACUUGGAAGUGGACAGGUCUUGAAAAAGAGGAGGCUGAUGGACGAGAGCUGUGAUGAUGACUCGAGCUCCUCGGAGACUAGUCGAGAUGAUUUUGUCCUGUGGGAGAAACUAUUGGAAGAUGACAUGAUCUAUGAAGAGGAGGACGAGGAGGAUGAUGAGACACACAAAUGUGAUAUUUUGCCAGCGGAAUGUGGGACACAGAUGAGGGGCCUCGUCGAGCUAGUGGCAUCGAUUGCUUAGUCGAGUAGGAGAUGAAUACACACAAGGAUUGAAGUAGGAUAGACAAAGAAAUGGGGAUUUCUGUAAAUGUGGGCUUUGUAGAGGAACAGUAGAUUUUGUAUGAAUGUUUGGAAAAAUUUCAAUUCUAGUAUUUCUUUCAUAUGGUA